UAGGUCACUCUAAUUGUUAAAGCGUGAGAUGGUCAAAGCACGCAAAAAGAUGGAACGAUAAAUUUAACAAAAGAUUUGUACAGGGAUAUAGUUACACUUUAAAAGGCCAGGAGGACAACACGGGUCUCACCAGAAGCACAGGAGGGUUUGAGCUUUUCACAUUCAGACAAGCGCCUCAGUCACAAACUGGUGCUUCAAAAGGCUCAGCGAUGACUCUACAACAAAUUGCAAUGUUGCUGCUGAUUUUAUCUUCUAAAGCAUGUUCAGAAACUCUUGGAGUGAGAAUCAUCGGGGGCCAGGAGGUGAAGCCAUACUCGAUCAAAUACCAGGCCUCCCUGCAGACUGAGGACGGGGAUCACUACUGUGGAGGAACCCUGGUGGACAAGCAGUGGGUGGUGUCUGCUGCCCACUGCUGGAGACCGAGCCACUUGAUGCGCGUGGUGUUGAGUGAACACAGCCUGAGUCAAAGCGAGGGAUUUGAACAGACAUUUGGUGUCUCAAGAAUACAUCUGCACAACUACAACUACAGGACGUUCAACAACGACAUCAUGCUUAUUAAGCUAGACAGGCCAGCAGAAAUCAACAGCUUCGUCCAGCCAGCAAGGCUACCUGAUGAAAGCACCCCCGCAUUGAAGGGGGAUACGUGCACAGUGAGCGGGUGGGGUGUGACACAGGUUUACAGCUACACCCUGUCUCCGGUGCUCCGGGCUGUGGACGUGAGAGAAAUAUCUUACUGCUACUUUUACUACUGGGGAAGGAUAACAGAGAAUAUGAUCUGUGCGGGAUCUCCAUACGGCGGCAAAGAUUCCUGCCAGGGAGACUCCGGUGGUCCACUUAUCUGCAACGGCAACUUUGAGGGCAUUGUCUCCUGGGGCAUCAGCUGUGCGAAUCCGUACUAUCCAGGUGUCUACACCAAAGUGCGGAACUAUGUGCCAUGGAUCAACUUUAUCAUUAAUUCUGACUAAUCAUUUAGCUUUACUAUAAAUUACAUCAGAGACUUCUAACUCAUGAUUUUGCCUUUAUGAAUAUGCAUGUUACCAUAAAAAAAACUUUAAACAUUUAGUAUUGUAGUGAAUCAUUGUAACAUAACUUUUUUUCUCAUGCUCAAACAGUA